UGACCAGCCCAGACUCAGACACAUGCCCCUGCAAGCAUCAUGCCGCACAUUCCAAAAUCCAAUGUGACAGGUCUCUCUCUACUUCUACUUCUAUAUAUAGAGACCCCUCAAAGCUACUCUCAAUUCAUUCUCCACCGGGCCCUUUCAAGGCAUUCUCCUAAUAUGUUGAAAUGCACUCUUAGUUCUUCUUUCUUUCUUUUAUGUACUCACUUUUCUAACUCUUGGUAAUAGUAUUACCUUCUUCGGAUAUCUUUGAAGAUGGAUGUUGUUGGGAGUUCCAAUGAUGCCAAAUACGAGUGCUUGCUUUUUGAUAUGGAUGAUACCCUCUACCCAUUGAGCUUAGGACUCAACUUGGCAUGCCGCAAGAACAUUGAAGAGUUCAUGUUGCAAUUCUUGCAUAUUGAAGAAACUCAAGUACCUACGAUGUGCCUCCAGUUAUACAGGGAGUGUGGGACAACCAUGGCCGGUCUUAAGGAACUCGGUUAUGAGUUUGACAACGAUGAAUUUCAUGCUCAUGUCCAUGGAAAAUUACCCUAUGAUGCACUGAAGCCUGACCCGGUGUUGAGAAACCUUCUACUGUCCAUGCCACAGCGGAAACUAAUCUUCACGAACGCUGACAAAGCCCAUGCAGCUCAAGUUUUGAACAGGUUGGGGUUGGAAGACUGCUUUGAAGGCAUCAUAUGCUUUGAAACUCUUAACCCUCCUCCUGAACCCCUUGACUCCAUCGCUGCUGCUUCACCAGAGGGUCAUUCCAACGGUUUACAUGAGACUAAGAGUCAAACUUCCAACUCCAAAAUCCUCUGUAAACCCUCUCUUGAGGCAAUGGAAGCCGCUAUUCGGAUUGCAUGUGUUGACCCCAAGAAAACACUUUUCUUUGAUGAUAGUGCUCGAAACAUUGCCAGUGGAAAAGCAGCGGGACUUCAAACUGUUAUCGUUGGAAGCUCAGUACUGGUGCCUGGUGCAGAUCAUGCCUUGGGGAGCAUCCACAACAUCAAAGAAGCACUACCUGAAAUAUGGGAAGGUGAAGUGGGGAAACAACUACCACUGGAGCUAUUGAUCCAGUCAUCUGCGGUGGAAACCGUAGUUGCAUGAGCAUUGAGCUACUACUAAGUCUGUUAAGUCCAAAGUCCUAUAGAUACCAAAAUCAUGUUGUGAUAGAAACAAAGUCUUGAAAAAGUCAUUAGGUGCCAGUAAUACUGUAAUAAAGUGAUUCCAGAAUCCUUUUGUUGAACUGUUUUGUAAUAUAACAAAACAAUGACAAUAGAAAGAAGCUGCCUAUUGUUGUUGAACUGUUUUUGUAAUAUAACUAAACAAUGACAAUAGAAAGGAGCUGUCUAUUGCUUUUCAUAUCUAUCCAA